CAAGGAAGCAGUGUGGCAAUAAGUCCUUUGGGAUCUUGAUAAGUGAUAACUUACUAGUCUUCAUUAUUUCUUUGGUGUGAUCAAAAUAUGGAUUUUGGAAUCGGUGCACUCCUGCUGGUGCUGACAUGCACUUUCAUCUACAUUCUUCACUCACUUCAUGCAAGAACAAGAACCUCAAAGCUUCCACCAGGACCUUCAGUUUUCACCAUGAUAAAAAACGUCCAGCAAAUCCUCAAAAGCCCACAACAGUGGAUGGCAAAGCUCGCCGAGACCCACGGUCCCGUCAUGCGUCUGCAGAUAGCCCAAGGAAACCCCACCAUCAUCAUCUCAUCCCCCGAAUUGGCCAAAGAAAUCCUCCACAUCAAUGACAUCCUAUUCUCCGACCGGUCGAUCCCCGAUGUCACGACCGCCCACAACCACAACCACUCUAGCCUUGUCUUCCUCCCGGUCUCGCCGCUCUGGCAAGACCUGAGGAAGAUCUGCCACCACAAGCUCUUUGCCAACAAGACUCUCGACGCGAGCCAAGACCUCCGACGCCAGAAGCUUCUGGAACUCAUGAGCGACAUGCGCCAGAGCAGCGCCGGAGGCGAGGUGGUUGACAUUGGAAGAGCGGCGUUCAAGACGUGCAUUAAUUUCCUGUCUAACACUUUUGUGUCUCAGGAUUUCGUUAGGAAUUUGGAUGAUGAGUACAAGGAUAUUGUGGCAACUUUGUUGAAAGCAACUGGGACACCGAAUGUGUCGGAUUUUGUCCCUGCGCUGAAGAUGUUUGAUCCACAAGGGGUGAGAAAGCACACUGCUAAUUAUCUUACCAAGUUUUUUGCUAUCUUGGAUCGGUUGAUUGAGGAACGUUCUAAGGUGAGGAAAGAAAAAGGUUAUGUUACUAACAAUGACAUGUUGGACACCCUGUUGGAUAUUGCUGAUGAGGAUAGCCAAAAGAUGGAUAACAAGAAGAUUAGACAUUUAUUACUGGAUCUGCUUGUGGCUGGAACAGAUACAACUGCAUAUGGAUUAGAAAGAGCAAUGGCUGAAGUAAUCCACAAUCCAAGUGUGAUGUCAAAAGCCAAAAAGGAACUUGAGGAGGUCAUUGGAAAAGGUAAUCCAGUUGAGGAAUCAGACAUAGGAAGACUACCAUACUUACAAGCAGUGAUCAAAGAAAGUCUACGUAAACACCCUCCAGCUCCAGUUUUACUCCCUCGAAGGGCCAAGAAAGAUGUGGAAAUCGGAGGCUACACGAUCCCAAAAGGUGCCCAAGUUCUUAUCAAUGAAUGGGCUAUUGGUAGAAACCCAAAAGUGUGGGAUAAGCCCAAUUUGUUUUCACCUGAAAGAUUUGAGGGAUCUGAACUUGAUGUGAAAGGUAGACAUUUUCAGCUUACACCAUUUGGUAGUGGGAGACGUAUAUGCCCUGGGUCUCCUCUAGCUGUUAGAAUGUUGCACUUGAUGUUGGGAUCAUUGAUCAACUCUUUUGAUUGGAAGCUUGAAAACAAUAUGGAGCCAAAGGAUAUGGACUUGGAUAAAUCCCUGCGAGCCAUUCCAAUUAUGGUAAACUGUUAAGUAACAAGAUUAGUUAGGGUGAUCUCUUGCUAAGACAAGGUUUAAUUCCCUAGUGUGUUUUUCUCUCUUUAUGUUGCUUUGUUUAUUAGUUUAGUUUAUUUAUUUUUUGAUAAGCAAUGAUAUGUAUAGAUAUUUUAGUUAGCCUAAGUGCUUCUAAGAGUUUGAUUACUUUGUAUAGGUAUACAUAUAUAUGUGCUCGAUCUCUUGCAAAAUAACGGAUUAGUGGUUCAAUGUUGAA